AAGUCAGCGCUCUUCUGUGGAAAAAACCAGAGGCAAUUAAUUCACUCAGGUGCGAGUGGGUAUACUGUCGAUCGCAGGCCAUGCAUAGCACUGAUUCCCAGCUGCGCUGAGACCCGAAUUGUUUGCGGUGUGUGCCACGAUUGCAGUGUCGCUAAGCGGGGUGUGACGGGUUGCAGUGUUGUUAUUUUCGCACAGUUUGUGUGAACGUCAAUGCAAUGCUGCUCCUCAGACGCUGCCACAGGCUGAAUCCAAUUGGCCCGCUCAGCAUUGACAGAAAUCAGGUGGCACCUGUAGUUGCAUCGUGUGCAGUUCGUCUCUGCAGCAGCAGCAAUGACCAGAGGUUUCACCAAUAUGGCUUCAGUGCCAGCUGGAGACACGUCCUGGCAGGACUGCUGGCUGGCACAGGGGCUGUACUAGCAUAUGGUCUACACCGUCACAAGGCUAUAGAGAAGAGCUCCCCGCUUCCUAUCAUCAGCCAGGAGGAAGUUACAAGGCAUCGCUCCCUGAAAGAUGGCGUUUGGGUCACCUACCAAGGCGGUGUCUAUGACAUUACCGAGUUUGUUUCCAUACACCCUGGUGGGGAGAAAAUCAUGAUGGCAGCAGGUGGUGCCAUUGAGCCCUUCUGGUCGCUUUAUGCGGUACACAAUCAGGAGCAUGUGCUGGAAAUCCUCUCUGAGUAUAAGAUUGGUGAGCUGAAAGCGGAAGACCUGAAGAAGCAAUCUACUUUUAAAUCAUCAGACCCCUACUCUUCUGACCCUGAGCGUCACCCUGCCCUGCGCACCAACAGCCUCAAGCCCUUCAAUGCUGAACCUCCGCCUGAAAUCCUCGCUGACAGCUACAUCACGCCCACUGCUUUCUUCUUCAAAAGAAACCACCUCCCGGUUCCUCAGGUGGACCCCGAUUUAUAUCGCCUACAUGUGGAGGGGCUACCCAGAGGAGUGCUCACACUGUCUUUAGAAGAGUUGAAGACUCGAUUCCCCAAACACACCAUCACAGCUACCCUGCAGUGUGCAGGAAACCGCCGUAGUGAGAUGAAUAAGACCCGGCAGGUUAAGGGACUGAACUGGGGCUUUGGUGCCAUUGGUAAUGCGACAUGGAGCGGCGCCAAGCUCAGGGAUGUCCUGCUGGCUGCAGGUUACGGGCCAGAUGUAGCCCAGUGGGCUCGCCACGUUCAGUUUGAAGGACUGGAUAAAGAAAUAACAGGGAGUGCGUACGGUGCUUCAAUCCCUAUAAAUAAGGCAGUUAGCGAGGAGGGUGAUGUGCUGCUGGCCUAUGAAAUGAACGGCAAGGAUAUUCCAGCCGACCAUGGCUUCCCCAUUCGUGUGGUUGUACCAGGUGUAGUGGGCACACGCAACGUGAAGUGGCUGGGUAAAAUAAUAGUCAGUGCACAGGAGAGCAGCAGCCACUGGCAGCAGAAAGAUUACAAAGGUUUCGCCCCUGGAAUAGACUGGGACACAGUGGACUACAAAUCUGCUCCAGCCAUCCAAGAGCUGCCUGUUCAAUCUGCCAUUACCACACCUGCAGAAGGCUCCGUGAUCGAUCGCAGCGAAGAAAUGCUGACUGUGAAGGGCUACGCUUGGAGCGGCGGGGGCAGAGAGGUGAUACGCGUCGAUGUUUCUGUGGACGGAGGGAAGACGUGGAAGGAGGCCAAGUUGAAGAGCAGCGACAAGGAAGGAGAUCAAACUUCUCCCCCACUAGGACGAGCUUGGGCAUGGAAGCUGUGGGAGAUAACGGUUCCUCUUCCUCCAGAGGCCCAAGAGCUGGAGCUCAUUUGCAAGGCAGUGGACAACAGUUACAACACGCAGCCGGACACAUUCGGUCCGAUCUGGAAUGUGAGGGGCUUGCUGAGUAACGCCUGGCACAGAGUGAAGGUGAAGAUCAGCGAGGAUGACGACGAAGAAUAGGCUCAGCGGUUGAAGUACAGAAAUCAAAAGACUUAGAGCUUAAACAGAGUCAUCUCAGAGUGGGCUCUUUUUGUCUUUUUUAAUUACAUUUGUGUCAUGGACUCAGCAAAUGUAGGAUCAACCAGGAGUAGCACUACAUUUUGAAAUAUUUUUGACAAACAGCCUUAAAAAUGUAUUCAUUUUGUUGCCUGGGAGAUUUGCAGUGGUACACACAUGGGAUGAAGCUCAAGGCUGUGAACAGCCAAAUUAAAUUAUGUCUGGUUAUCUCCA